GGAGGUUUAGGAGAUGAAUGUUGGUUGAGGUUAUUUCUCGAAUAUCUUGUCUGCAUUGUAGUGAUGGUGAUGGAGAUGGGAGAAGAGUCUUUCCAGCAAAGGGUGAUUGAGACUGUGAAGAGAUGCCAACAGCGGCAGGAUGGUCCUUUAAUCUGGGCUAUGGAAAUCGGGAAUUGUUUAAACUCCGGGAAGGUUGAACCCAGCCCGGAAUUAGGAGAAGUUUUGGUGUCUUAUCUUUGUUUUCAGAACAAUCAUCCUUCUCUUUGGAAGUUUUUCGAUUACGCUCUUUCCUCUCGCCUUCUCUCUCCGCUUCAUCUUCUUUCUCUUCUCACUGCCAAACUCGUUCCUCAUCGACGCUCUCAGCCUCAAGCUUUCCGGCUUUAUCUCGAGCUCCUUAAUCGACACGCUCUGUCGUUUCAUGACGUCACCUCCGAUUCUUGUAAACACAAGAUUAUAGAAUCUGUUAGUGUUAGCCUUGAGCUUUCUCAGACUUACAAUGUUGGAGUUGUGGAGCUUGGACACGUGUUUGUUUUGUUCUUCUUCACCGUUAUUGUUCGCUUGAUUGAUAGCUUGUUUGAGGAUUGGGGAUUUCCGAAUCCAAGUGCAGGAGUUGAAAGUGUUGAACACCACAGUAUUAUGGAGAUUGACUCUGUUGGAAAUGAACAACAUCUUGUGCAGAUGAGGAUGAAGAAUUCUCUCAUUGCGCUUCAAGUCUUGAACAAGCUUGCUGAAAGUGGAAAAGCCGUGGUUCUACUUCGCCUUGUUCACUUCAACAUGCCUGAAAAGUUCAAUGGCCUUCUGCAGAGGCUGCAGUUUCUUGAAGCCAAUAAGUUAGCAUCCUCAAAACUGAAGUCUGCAAACCAGCUUUUAGCUACAUUAUGUUCUAAUGUCCAGAAAGUUUUGGGUUAUGACAACAGGCUAAAUAAGCAUAGGCUCAUUGGAAUGCUUGUUGAUACUAAAUCAUUGAGGCCAACGUCUUGCUGCAAUAGUGAAUCUGGUUUGUCAGCUUGUUGGCUUCCCUUUGAUAUUUACAUGGAGAAUGCAAUGGAUGGGCGACAACUUCCUGUCAGGUCAGCCAUUGUUAUACUUUCAGAAACAAUUAAUACCCUCAGAGUACUUAACCGGGCAAGCUGGCAAGAAACUUUCCUAGCACUUUGGCUUUCAGCCCUUCGGCUUGUGCAAAGAGAACGUGAUCCUCCAGAAGGCCCUGUUCCACAUCUUGAGGCCCGCCUUUGUAUGCUUUUGUCUAUUGUCCCCUUGGCAAUUGCUGAUGUUUUGGCUGAAGAGUCCAAAUUGCAGUUUUCGAAGGUUAAGGGGGUAGCAACACCUGGGUGUACGGAAACUGGGUUUGGACGUGGAUUAGGUGGGCAGUGCCUUGCUUCAAUUAAAGAGGAAUUGAUUUCCUCUCUCCAGGUGCUUGAAAACUUUACUGGGCUCUUAUGCCCUCCAGCAUCUGCCGUUGGGGAAGCCAAUAAUGCAGCUGCAAAAGCAGCAAGAUUCAUUUCCAUUUCACAGAUUACAACGGAUGGUUUAGUCAGUAACAGUCCUGGUGACCCAUUUUUAAAUUCAGGUGGCAACAUGAGGCACCUCAUAGUGGAAGCUUGCAUUGCAAGAAAUUUAAUUGACACAUCGGCAUAUUUUUGGCAUGGUUAUGUUCCGGCAUCAGUAAUUGCACUGUCUGAACUAUCACCAGUUCAAAAAUCUCCUUGGUCCAUGUUCAUGGAAGGAGCACCAUUAAAUGGUUCACUUACAGCUUUGCUUUUCAGUACUCCUGCUUCAAGUUUAGCAGAAAUAGAGAAACUAUACCAUAUUGCAUUGAAUGGGUUGGUAGAGGAGCGAUCAGCAGCUGCAAAAAUUCUAUGCGGUGCAUCCCUCACCCGUGGAUGGAAUAUUCAGGAAGAAGUGGUAUGCUUUCUGGUCAAGAUUCUUUCUCCGCCUGUCCCUCCUGGUUAUACUGGACCAAGGAGUCACUUAAUUGAUCAUAUGUCUAUGCUUAGUGCUAUCCUGUUUGAAGUAUCCACUAUCGAUACUAUUCAUAUUCUUUCUAUGCACGGAGUGAUUCCGGAAGUUGCAGCAGCUGUGAUGCCACUUUGUGAGGUCUUUGGGUCACUUGUACCUACAUCAAGUAACAAAUCAAAUUCUGGUGACGGGCCCUCAUUUUACAUGGUUUUUUCUUCUGCUUUUCUGUUUCUUCUUCGUCUAUGGAAAUUCUAUAGACCACCUCUUGAGCAAUCCAUCACUGAUGGAGCAAUGGGAGUCGAGCUUAAUCUAGAGUAUCUUUUGUUAUUGCGUAAUUACCGCAUUGCAUCGCAUUAUUCUGCUUCUCAGAAUGAAAUAAACAGCAAUUUGGAUCAGCAGGUGUCAGAUAAGCCCAUAUAUCUUGAUCAUUUUCCAAAAUUACGUGCUUGGUAUUGUCAAAACAAAUCUUGUAUUGCUUCAGCACCCUCUGGCCUUUCUACCAGCAAUCCUGUUCAUCAAGUUGCUAAUAAGAUUUUAAGUAUGAUUUACUCCAAAAUGACUAAAAGCGGAGCCUCAUCGGGUAAUUCUUCAACCCCAUCAACCGCCAGUGUUUCUGAGUCCCCUGCAAGUACGGGAGAAGAUGUUUACCAGAGACCUAUCCUGCCUGCAUGGGAACUGUUGGAAGCAAUCCCUUUUGUUCUUGAGGCUGUUUUAACUGCUUGUGCAUAUGGAAGGCUUUCAUCUCGGGACUUGACAACAGGCCUGAGGGACCUUGUGGACUUUUUGCCUGCAUCUCUUGCUGCAAUUAUCAGUUAUUUCUCAGCAGAAGUCACUCGUGGUGUAUGGAAACCAGUUCCGAUGAAUGGAAUAGAUUGGCCUAGUCCAGCAGCAAACUUGCCUUCAAUUGAGUCUGAACUGAAAGCAAUACUGGCUGCUGCCGGUGUUAAUGUUCCCCUCUGUUCCUGUGAGAAAUUGCCGAUAGUGCUUCCACUUCCGCUUGCAGCUUUUGUCAGUUUAACCAUUACUUUCAAACUCAACAAAAGCCUGGAGUACCUCCAUGGUGUAGUUGGGCCAGCUUUGGAGAACUGUGCGUCAGGUUGCCCCUGGCCUAUCAUUCCCAUAAUUGGCUCCCUGUGGGCACAAAAGGCUCGCGGCUGGCAUGAAUUCAUAGUGGUAUCGUGUUCUCGUACUGUGUUCAUACGAAACAAAGAAGCUGUUGUCCAGCUUCUGAGAAGUUGCUUCACCUCAUUCCUUGGAUCCCUUCAUGUUUCUCCUUUGUUGACCAACCAAAGCAGCGUAGAUAAUCUACUGGGCUGCAUUGUUUCAGCUCAUACUGUUUGUCCUGCCAUGUCCAUAGCACCUGGAUUUCUUUACCUUCGGUCUUGCAGGACAAUACAUGAUGUUGAACAUAUUAGUGAUGUGAUCGUAGGGCUUGUAGCAGAGUAUGCUCGAGAAGCAGCCGGUAGAUGGGCAAGCUCAGACUCGCACAGGUUGAAGUCUAGUCGAGCAUCAUUGUCUCUAGCCAGUUCCAAGGCAAGAGAGGUGGGUACGCUGGGUGCAAGCCUCUUAUUUCACACCGGUGGAUUACACAUGGUUCAAGAACUAUACCGAGAAACUAUACCAACCUGGUUGCUAUCAUCAAGAGAAGAGAAAGCUGGGAAGGCGAGUGCCGUAGCUCGAAUAAUGGAAGGCUAUGCAAUGGCAUAUAUGUUAGUUCUAUCUGGAUCACUGAUGUGGGGUGUUGGAGCCACAACAAAAGAGUCAUGUACAUUCUCCAGAAGGGCCCUCAUCAUAAGUAAGCACUUGGAGUUUCUGGGGAGGGUAUUGGAUGGGAACAUAUCGCUCGGCUGUCAUCCCGCCACUUGGAAAGCGUAUGUUUCAUGUUUAGUAGGUCUGAUAGUAAGCUGUGCUCCAGCAUGGGUUGAAGCAGUGCAGGUAGAGACAUUGAAGAAACUGGCAAAUGGAUUGAAAGGAUGGCAUGAAUGUGAACUAGCACUCUCUCUUCUUGAAAGAGGUGGGAUUGAAUCCAUAGGAUGUGUAAUUGAAAUGUUAGAUGUAAUUAAUUGAUUGAGUUUAGGUUAAAAUGUGUAAUGUACAGUAUGGUAUCUGUGAUUAGAAGAGUUUUCAGUGGAGGAGCCUUCAUUCUGAUGCUGUUGCUGUAAUGUAAUGCAAUGUAUAGGUAUUGUUACCGGUUUGGGUGAUUUUUGAGCUUUUAGAAAAUUUGUCCAUAAUUGUACAGGAAAUGGAUUUAUUUUCUUUUGCAUUUUAA